AGGAGUAUGGAGUCAACAUUAAACGCCAGGCCGCCAAGGAGCAUAGUUGUGCGCGAGAGGCAGGGAACGAGUUUGAUAAUCGAUUUGUAAUUGCCAGUAUUAUUGAAUCAUGAACCGAGUUAUUCUGAUCAGUGCUGUGUGCAUGCAGUUUGGCUGGAUCUUCGGAGCACCAAACCCCGCAGGCGUCGGCGCUUACUCGUAUCAAGACUCGGACGGAAAUAGGGUCGAUUUAACAUAUCCGAUAUCACAGUCGCUGCCACCGUUAAAACCACUCCCACCGCUGCGACCGCUGUGGUUCCAUCCUCUGAGAAUUACCCCGCCACUUCUUCCAUUACACCCACUGAGACCCCUACAACCGCUGAGGCCUCUACGACCUUUACCGCUGUUUCAUCCGUUGCAAUUAUUAGCGUUCAAUCCUUUGCAAAUAUUUCCACCGCCGCCCUCACCAGAAUCUAGAACAAUAAAACCACUAUCACCUCUUCCACCCCUACAACCUCUGCGACCUUUACUACCGCUGAAACCCCAACAUCCACUUCCACCACUGGUACCGUUCAAACCGCUGCAAGAUUCAACAUUCCAUCCGUGGAGUUUAUUUCCAUCAGCACAGUAUAGAAUAUUAGCACCACUGAGGCCUCUACAACCCUUGCGACCUCUACUACCGCUGAAACCACUACAACCACUACCAUCACUGUUACCGUUACAACCGCUGCAAGUUUCACCGUUCCAUUCUUGGAAUUUAUUUCCAUCAGAACAGUAUAGAGCAUUAGCGCCACUGAGGCCUCUACAACCCUUGCAACCUCUACUACCGUUUCCACCGCUGCAAGUUCCAUCAAGUCCCUUACUACCGCUAAGACCCCUUCUACCACUGAGAACCCUACCCCUACAAUCACUCCCGUCAUUGUUACCUUUUCAACUGCUGCAAGUGUCACCGUUCCAUCCGUGGAGAUUAUUCCCACAGCAGCUACCGUUACGGAAAGAGGUGUUUAAAUCGAAUAAAGAGUAUCAAAAAAAGGCGUUAGACUCGGCCAAAAAAGCAUUCGACGUGACGUCGAAUCAGGCUAGUUUCAUGAACUUCGACUUCUCUAGGUUCCCAUUCAACGGAGGGUUCGGUAAUUUCGAAAUGCCCAACUUUGGACCUCAGAACAAUGGGCCGAUUGGUGGCCCGAACUCGGCGUACGCGUCGGGAUCGGCCAUGCCGGGGUAUUCGCAUCAAGUAGCUGCCAUUAAUCCAGGGAAUCCGAGCCAGCCGAACGUGGACAUCAAGAACCGCUUCGCAGAAGACGGUAACGGUGGCAACGGAGGCUACAUGAGCGUCUCCAGCUCCUCGUACGCCACGUCUUCCAACGUGAACGGGCAGGAGCAGGGCCACCGCAGGGCUGAGACCGUCGUUAAUAAUAACGGCGUUGUCCACCGUUAUAAGGUGGAGUCCUAAACACACGGUUGGGGAAUCUUAGGGGCAUUCCAGAAGUUUUGAGUACGUGACGCUAUUUUUUACAAGAUUUUAUUAAACUUGCAAUGCUUGUUUGUUUGUAUUAAUAUGUUUGUUUGGGUCAAACAUUUCAAGUUAAAUUAGACCCAUUUCCAUUAUUCGAUUGAGUUGAGACUUCACAUACAUAUAAGUCGGGUAACAAUGCAAUAUUAUGGUACCAUCGAGCUGAUCUGAUGGACACAAGAGGUGGACAUAGAAACAAACAAACAACAACAACGCAACCUAUAGUUGUGUUUGGGUUUGUUAGAAUUGUCUCGAUAAGUAUUAGUUGCCUGUUGAACGAAAAGUACAGUCAGUGAUAAAAGCUUGUAUCAAGAAUUAUUUUUUUGAUAAAAAAAAGACUAACACUUGUUGAUAGUUAAGAAGCCGAUAUUUAUCAUGGUAACAUUUUAGAGCUUAUUAACUUUAAAUUCAAAAUACCUAUUUUUAAUAGACAUUUUUCAACGCGUCACGUCCCCGACAAACGAAAACUGUGGAAUUUUAACUGCGCGUUUUACCGUCACUAUUCUUACUGCAAUUACUGUUAAAAUAGAAGGAGUAUGUGGAAAAACUUUGAUGAAAUGUAGACUCAGAAUAAUGGCCAAAAAAUGUCGCAAAAUUAACCUCACAUUAAGUAAUAUGAGUUAAGUCAGUUGGGGCAAGUGCUCAGAUGAGACCAUAGUUUUCUUGAAAUAUUUAUAUGAAGGUGCACAUUCACCGUGCCGCAUUUCGCGCAGCCCUUCUGAAGGGAAUAUUUUUAGCAAAAUUCACACGCUGACAACGCGAUCUGGUGCGGGUUCCUAACUGACUUAUUUAACCGACUCAUUUUUCUAGCGAUGAAUAUACUGCGAGAAACCUGUUCUUUUUAUGUACCCCUGCAAUCCUUACAUAAAAGUUUGUAAGCAGGUGCAUACCAAACUACUUUGCUGACUUACAUUCCUAUUUUAGCUAAGGGCACAGAUUAUCUAUUAGUAGGGGGAGGGGGGCACUUUAAUAUGAUCGUUGUUUGUCUAAAUGUUGAUCAAUGUGGUCACAUUUGAUAAAGCAUCUUUCUGGCAAUGAGAAAAUGGAAAUAUGUUUUUUCAAAGUAUUGUGAUACAUGUGUUUCGAAUUAUACCUAAGUAUAUUGUUGAUAAUUAAUUUCUAAGCAACAAAUGUGCUGUGACUCUCUUACGCCUAUAUUUACCCCUGGAUAAGAAAAUUAUAUAAAGCGCUAGUUAUUUUAUUCGAAAAAUAUAUGUUAAUUAAGGUAUUUCAA